AUACUUUCCUAUCAAUAGUGUAUUGGGCAACGGCUUUAGCAAUUGGGCUUCGUGAGCGUCCCGAAGGUGAAGAAUAGAAAGAAAAGGAGCUCCGCUCCUCUUCGCCCAAAUUGUUAGGGCUUUCGAUCGAUUACUUGAAGUCUUUACGCUUCCGCGAGCGGGAAUCCAGGAGCGGAGCCGGCCCCUUCUCCCCUUCAAGCGUCUCCAUCCCCACCAUCCGGUUCUUUUCGGGGGAGUCAGCCGCCUGGAUCGGUUUCUACCUCUUUCUUUGGGGCAAUCUGCGGGUCCGUUACGAGGUUUCUUCCGUUACUCGGAUGAUCGGUUGAACGAUUCGCGGCGCGAUGACCUACCGGGCUCAGGAUGUCGAGGGCAUCGUGGAUCUGGAGACGAAGUCGGGGGCGGGGGAGGUGAAUGGGGAUUACGUGAGGUUGGGUGAUGGCGAGCCCCAAUGCUGUUCCACCAAGCGUAGUUCUCUUUGGUGGUGGGUCAGGGUGGCUCUCUUGUGCGUUUUAUUGUGCGCGGCCGCGGUGCCUCUCGUCAUCUUUGCUGGCCCUUUGAUCAUCAAAAAGGUGGUUGUACCAAUUUUGGACUGGGAGAGAGCCACAUUCAGCACAUCGGUCCUUGGACUGUUACUUUUUUCUUGUAUUGCAUUGUUUCCGAGUAUGUUGUUACCUUCAUCACCUUGUAUGUGGAUAGCGGGGAUGACAUUUGGCUAUGGUUAUGGCUUUCUGUUAAUUAUAUCAGCGAGUUGUAUAGGCAUGUCGCUGCCCUUUUUUGUUGGAUCAUUCUUUCGUGACAAUAUACAUAGAUGGUUGGAGAAAUGGCCCAAGAAAGCAGCUAUUGUAAGAUUAGCUGGUGAAGGAGAUUGGUUUCAUCAAUUCCGAGCUGUUAUUUUACUCAGGAUUUCACCAUUUCCAUAUAUUAUCUUUAACUAUGCAGCUGUUGCAACAAAUGUUAAAUAUGGUCCAUAUAUAUCAGGUUCACUUAUAGGAACCGUACACGAGGUCUUUAUUACAAUUUACAGUGGGAGGGUGCUUCGGAGCUUAGCAGAUGCAACCAACACUGGUGGUUUCCUUUCAGUGCAGCAGGUUCUCUACGAUAUAAUUGGCUUCUGCAUUGCAGCAGCAGCGACUGCAGCUAUUACUAUCUACGCCAAGAGUACUCUUCAAAACCUCCAAGCCGAGGAUGAGCUCAGUUAGCUCAACAAAUUCAAACCUGUUCCUGGCAGUAGCAUGUAAAGUUGAUUGUUAUCUUUAGAGCUUUCGUUUUGGUUCUCUGUUCCUCUCCCCUUUGACCGAGUUGCUGGUGUCCAAUGGGAAAUGGACUUGUGUCUUGUGAUCUAUUACACGAUACGACAAUUACACGAAAAAGGAAACAAAUAGGAGACGAUUGUUACACUUGUCAACAUCAUUGACCACCAUCAUCUGUUGGAGGAUUCACAGAACCAUUUAACA